AUCUAAAACAAUACAACGCAUAUCGAUGUGGUGCUGUCAGUUGAACACACGUCGUUGUCCUUUCAGUACGAAUAAAGCACAUUCCGUUUUGCCACACGGUCUCAAACUCAAUUCCACCUGUUGAAAAGUAAAAACAUGCCGCGAAAAACACGCAAUUCAAAUAACCAACGUGGCAGAGGGAAGGAAAAUAUUCCGGAACAAUUGAACGUCGAUUCCGAAAGUGAACAAUUAAACAAAUUGAAAACCAGCAAAAAAACUACUAUUCUCGAUGUGAACGACGAUUGUUUGGUGGAAAUUUUCAUGCAUUUAGAUGGAAUUGACAUUUUGAAUGUUGCUGUUGCGCAUAAGAGAUUUGGAAACGCAUUAGAUAGAGUUUUCAUACGUAGGCGACUUCACAAUCCGUCAAUUGUCUCAAAUUCCAAGAAGCAGUUAAAACUUUCACUUAAUGUCUUGGAGCAGUUCGGACAUUUGAUCACAUCGGUAACGGUAUUUUAUAAGUUGCACAAGUUCGAUGUCCUAAUGCAAGCUAUGGUUAAAUAUUGCGGAGAAACUAUCACUGAACUGCAUUUUCGACAGGACAAGGACGACUCUAAUACCGACUAUUGGAAGGCGAGACAACAAUUACUUAAUUUGAGCACAAAAUUUCCAAAGUUGAAAUCGCUUGCAUUCCAAUACAAGAAGAGCAUAGAUUGCCCAUACUCAGACGCCUUCAUUCAACCCAUUCCAACUUUAACAGCUUUCAGGGUUUAUGGACUAAUAUUUUCGCAUGAAGACGCUCUUAAAUUUAUCACCGUCAAUGGCCAAUUGGAACUAUUGGGUCUUUCGGUUCCAGACGGUUAUAUUACUCAGAGUUUCAUUACUAAGAUUGAUUCAUCGCUACCAAACCUGCAAACUUUGAAACUAAAUAUCGUGGAAAUAGAGGGCACCGUUGAAUAUCCUUCAACCCCCCCAUUCAUCAACUUGAGAGAACUAUUUUUCGGCUCAUUGAAGACUACCGAUACAUUCGCUACAUUGCGAAAAUUGUUUGGUACAGAAAUCGAACGAUUUGAACUGAGUGUCAUGGACUAUUUCAUCGCUAACUUCGUUGAGAAUAUCAGUCAGUACAAAAAAUUGUCGGUUUUUACACUACAUUUGUCUCUAGAUAUCAAUGCAUUCUUACAUCGAUUCGACGUAUCAAUUUUUUCGUCCACCACGCUAAGGGAACUAAUUUUGCGCAACAAACAAUUGACGAAACUCAAAAUAUAUUGGUAUGGAGCGGAUGAGAAUUUCGAUAUUUAUCGAAAAAAGUUUCGCGAUGUCGUUAAUGAGAAUUUGAACGGAGCUCGAUGGUGCAUGGAAGAGAAGGAGUAUAUUAUGCAAUUGAUUGUUAAAGAGAUUUCAUUUGUAAAAAAAUGAUUCUCAAGUCUACUUACGAUAAUCAUUGUAUUCGACUCGAAUUGAAAUUAAAGUUUUACGAUUGAU